AUCAAUGUUUAUAACUUUGAAAAAUUAUUACUUUUAAUUGUGGAUUCUCUGCAAAAGUGACCUGCGCAUUUCUACUGCGGGAAAACAUAUUGAAGCCAUGGGUUAAACACAUUUAACAAUCGUUAUUUCAUCGUUAAAUGAAUGUGAAUGAAAACGAAAAACUGUCCUUGCCCAUUUCAAGGGAAAGAAGCGCUCGCUAAGAUAAAAUUAAAAUGUUUGGUUAAAAAAUAGUAAUGUUAAUCUUCGAUUGGAAAAUUAUCGUUGACUGUUUUAACUUUAAGAGUUUAUCAGUUGUAUUCUUGUUUUUGUUUUGAUCAAAUUGAUCUGUGACCAUUCAGCACUUUUAAACAUAUUCUUCUCAAUCCCUUGCAGUGUAUAGGUGUCAGUGAAAUACAGGGAUAGCUAGAUAUUAUAGUAGACGGCUAAAAGUAGUGUAAUUUCAAAUGAACAUCCACGGAAAGAUGGCAAUGCCCGAUUCCCAACAGUACCCUUGAAACCUAUAAUAGCUGAAUAAAAAAUAUGACAGAUAUACUCACUUAUGUAGGGAACCCAUAAUUGAAAAUAAACAGUUUUUGAAAUUCUAAACAUUGAUAUCUAAUUCAUACUUGAUUAGACAAAUCCUUUAAGAGUACCAUUGUGAAUCGAUUAUGGUCAUGAAGGGUCGCCUGAAAUUACACUUAAAGUCCCUUAAGGAGGGAAGAGGAGGGAGUAUUCUCCCUCGGGAAAUGAGGGAUGGUUACGCCCCAAAAGUGGUUUCUUGCCGCGUUAGUUUUCUUUGCAACUUUAAGCUGGAUCCUCGUAAUGGACAAGGACUUCUCAAAAGAAAUGGCUCUUUCUUAUAAAAGUGCGCUAAAUUGGAAUACUGAACAAGAAUCAACUGUUUCUGCUCUUGAAAAUCCUGCAGAUAUUAAAGAAGAUGAAGAUGAAGAAGAAGAAGAAGAAGAAGAAGAUGUAGAAGAUGAUACAGAAAGCAACAAAACCUAUCGAUAUCAUCUCAGCAACAAAUUCCACAAAUUUAAAGUGAAUCAAUCACCUGUUAGAUUACUCUGCCUUGUACUUACCCAACCAGCAGCUCAUUUACGAGCGCAGGCGGUGUUUGAUACUUGGGGGAGUAGAUGUACAUUAUUGUAUUUUCUCAGCACUAAGUCCGAAGAGGGGGACCAUGGUUUGCCUGUUCUACAUAAUCCAGCAAAGGAAAACUAUCAAAAUCUUUGGUCUAAAACAAAAUAUGGAUUUCAAUUUGCAUUUGAUCAUCUCCUUGAUCAGGUGGAUUGGGUGAUGAAAGCUGAUGAUGAUACAUAUGUUAUAAUGGAAAACCUUCAUAAUAUGCUCGCUCAACACGAUCCAGAAUUUCCAACUUUUUUUGGACAACAUUUUGGAGUUAUUGUUGAUCAAGGAUAUAUGAGUGGAGGCUCAGGAUAUAUUCUUUCAAGGAAGGCUGUGGAGUUGGUGGUUACAAAAGCGUUCACAAACUCUAGUUUAUGCAGGGGCCAAGAUGAUGGUACAGAGGAUGUAGAGAUGGGUGUCUGUCUCUCUAAUAUAGGAGUUCAUCCUUCUUCUUCCAGAGAUCAAAAGAGAGAUGAGGAGACCUUCUUCCCUGUUCAUGUUUGGCAUAUGAUGACAGUAGAAAACACCAGCUGGGUAUAUAGUUACAUGUCUAAAAAACCAGAAACAGGAUUUGACUGCUGCAGUGAGAGAGCAAUAUCUUUUCAUUAUAUUACUCCAGAGGGGAUGUACGAAACGGAAUAUCUUAUUUACAAACUAAAAUUGUUUGAUAUGACUGAUAUUAGAGAAAAUGUGGAGAAAAGGAUUAAUCAGCUGCUCACCACCUCAUCAAUACAACUCAAUACAACACAGGAAAUAGAAACAGAAACAGGAAAUAGAAAACAGAAAACAGGAAAUAAUAAACAGGAAUCAGGAAACAGGAAGUAAAAAACAGAAAACAGGAGGUAAAA